CUGAAUCACGUGAUGCGGCGGGAGCGCCGUUGGCUCCUCCCUCCCCAAGAUGGCGUCUCUGCUGCAGUCGGAGCGAGUUCUCUACCUGGUUCAGGGAGAGAAGAAAGUUCGGGCGCCGCUCUCGCAGCUCUACUUCUGCCGUUACUGUAGCGAGCUACGGUCGCUGGAAUGUGUGUCUCACGAGGUGGACUCCCAUUAUUGUCCCAGUUGCUUAGAGAAUAUGCCAUCAGCUGAAGCUAAAUUAAAGAAAAAUAGGUGCGCCAACUGCUUUGACUGUCCUGGCUGCACGCAUACUCUCUCUACCCGUGCAACGAGCAUCUCCACACCGCUUCCAGAUGACCCAGCUAAAACCACCAUGAAGAAAGCUUAUUACCUUGCCUGUGGGUUUUGUCGCUGGACAUCUAGAGAUGUGGGCGUGGCAGACAAAUCUGCAGCUAGUGGAGGUUGGCAGGAGCCAGAAAAUCCUCACACACAACGGAUGAACAAGUUAAUUGAGUAUUACCAGCAACUUGCCCAGAAAGAAAAGGUUGAACGAGAUCGGAAGAAACUGGCACGACGUAGAAACUACAUGCCUCUGGCUUUUUCGGACAAAUAUGGUCUUGGAACCAGGCUUCAACGGCCACGAGCGGGUGCAUCCAUUAGUACCCUUGCUGGACUUUCCCUUAAAGAAGGUGAGGAUCAGAAAGAGAUAAAGAUUGAGCCAGCUCAGGCUGUGGAUGAAGUGGAACCUCUACCCGAAGACUAUUACACAAGACCAGUAAAUUUAACAGAGGUGACCACCCUUCAGCAGCGCCUCUUACAGCCUGACUUCCAGCCAAUCUGUGCUUCACAGCUCUAUCCUCGACACAAGCAUCUUCUCAUCAAACGGUCCCUGCGUUGCCGGAAAUGUGAACAUAAUUUGAGCAAGCCAGAAUUUAAUCCAACAUCCAUCAAAUUCAAAAUCCAAUUGGUUGCUGUCAAUUAUAUUCCAGAAGUGAGAAUCAUGUCAAUUCCAAACCUUCGCUACAUGAAGGAGAGCCAGGUUCUCCUGACUCUUACGAAUCCCGUGGAAAACCUCACCCAUGUGACUCUGUUGGAGUGUGAAGAGGGGGACCCUGAUAAUGUCAACAGCACUGCUAAGGUGGUGGUGCCUCCCAAAGAGCUGGUUCUAGCUGGCAAGGAUGCAGCAGCAGAGUAUGAUGAGUUGGCAGAACCCCAGGACUUUCAAGACGACCCUGACAUUAUAGCCUUCAGAAAAGCCAACAAAGUGGGCAUUUUCAUCAAAGUUACCCCACAGCAUGAGGAGGGCGAAGUGACCGUGUGCUUCAAGAUGAAGCAUGAUUUCAAAAACCUGGCUGCCCACAUCCGCCCUAUCGAGGAAAGUGACCAGGGCACGGAAGUCAUCUGGCUCAUCCAGCAUGUGGAACUCAGCUUGGGCCCACUUCUUCCUUAAAAGAUUCCCUUGGUGAACAGAUCUCAACCACAUCUGUGGCACCACAACCCUGUGUUAAAACAUGGAAGCUUGUGCUUCGUUAGGCCUUGUUUAUAAUGAUGUACUCAUGCACUACUGAAUCCCGUUCCUUCGAGUGAAGCAUAGGCCAGGUACUGGAAAUGCAGUAAGACUUUUGUUCCUCUUGCUCUUGCUCUCACUCUGUUUACACCAAUAAGUCUGUGUCUCCCUUACUCAGCCCUGCACGUUCAAUAAUACCAUAGCUCCAUCCCAGGAAAGAGAUGGCUGUUCCUCAGAGUAGCAUUAGAUACCACCUGAGAAACCAUUCUCUCUCUCGCUCUCUCUCUCUGUCUCUCACUGAUCUCACACAGUCUAACAGAUGAAACAUUAAGUGAUAAUCUAAACUUGGAACUGUUGUAAAUGAUAUACCCUCAGUGUCGGUGUACACUGCUCUCUGUGUUCCAUUAAAUAUAAACUAGCAUUCUGGAACACGUCCCUUCACUUGCCCUUAUGGUCCUCAUUUUGGCAUAGAUUUCCGCUUAACAGAAAAUAGAAUUGUUGUCUUCAGGUGUUGUCUUAAGGUGGAGGAGACCUGUAAAAAUCUUAAGGCACUCUCUUUGCCCUUUUCUUCUAAGUAAGUAUAGGACACUUAUUUACCAGUUCUCUUAAACUUUUCCUCAGUAGAAUAUGGAACUUUGAAGAUUAAUUUGAGAAGCAAGUAAUUACAUGUUACAUCACAUUCCGUUCACUUUAAACAUUGCCACAAUAUCUAGGGCUAAUGAUGCCACAGGGAGGCAGACUAUAUAUCUCACUCCCUAGCCUUGCUCUGUUUAAUUCAAGAAAUUGUUCUGAGUAUUUGGGACCUGGAAAGAGCCCAAAGAAAACCUAACUGGACAAGUUUAUUUCUGGAAUUUGGAAAACAUAGUAAAGGUUCAAUUUUUAGCAUGA